GCUUCGUUCGCUCCUCGCAGUCGUGGGUUACACUGCGGAGCUCUGGGAGGAGGGUGGGAGGUACUUCCUGCCGUCAGGCUGAACGAGCCGCGGCUUCCAGAGUAACGUGGAGCGGAGAUGCAGUGUGGGCGAGCCGAGUGAAGAUACGUACGGUGACAGAAUAAGACCAAGAUAUCGUAAAACUUUACAAAGGACCUCCAGACGACAGGAGGAAGCAGAAUGGCUACAGAGUUUGAUUUGACACCUCCAGAAGUACCCGAACCCACAUUCUUUGAUAACAUCCUGCGAUAUGGCCUGUUCCUAGGGGCAAUUUUCCAAAUCAUCUGCAUAUUAUCAAUCUUGCUGCCUUCUAAAUCACCAGAACCGGAUUGGGAGCAAUCUGAGCUGAAGCCUUCAGAUAACAAUAAAAAGCAGAAGCUUACAACUCCUUCAUCAGGAAAGAAAGCAAAGAAAGAAAGCAAGAAAAAGAGAUAAAUCACAGGAAGUGCACCAGAAAUGGAAUAACAAGACUGUUUCUGUCUUCGUUCUCAUUUUGUAUUCAUUGUUCCUGGAAAUGUUUUUUUAAUUCUCUGCUAUUUAUACAUUUGAUUUACACAGUUGUUUUUCACAAGUGUUUGAACCUAAAAAUGUAAUUUUCAUAUACUGUCUCUCUUGCAGCCUCUAGAGAAUUAAAGAGCUACUAGCUUGUAACCAGCCUCCUUAUGUUAGUCACUUCAUUAGAAAUAUAUGAAUCACUACUACACGUUCUUCUACUUUGCAGUUCAACAUAACCCCAUUCUUAUAUACUACAAGGAAAAUAUUCUUUAUUUUAAGUAGUCCCCAAAUAGAAACGGUGCAUAAAUUUAACACUGGGCAGCAACACUACAUAUUUUUCAGUGAUCAGGGUCAAAUCAUCCAUCAAGUCACUGUGGGGAGUGAGGCACUAGAUAUGACUUAACAUUUUUAUUUGAUAGGAAACGGUAAAGCAUCAAGACCUUACAUUUACAUGAGAGCUCACUAGGUCUCCUGUAAUAAAUGUAUGAUGCUUCUCUGGAAGAUCCCUUUGUUUUGUAUUUUUUUAAUAAAAAAGAUUCUGUUACAUAGAGAAUUGAAAAUUCUAACUUGAUGUUCUGCUUGGCUAACUAUAACUUGCACAUUAGUAAUGAAUAUUAUCAAGUGCAUUAAAAUUAAUUUCCAAAUGUAACUGAAGCAGCCCCAGCAAUGUGUUUAGAUGAAAGAGCACCUAGGCUCAGUAUUUUCUGUUUUGAUCUAUAUGUAGUAAAACAGGUUGAAAUGUAUUUCUUACCUUCUUUAUCCCUUAAAAAUCCCCUUGUCUGCUGAUUUAAAAAUAUAAACUCAUUAGUUAUUUUGUCUCUUGGUGCAUUUUAUUUUCAUUGAUAAUCAAUUUGAGAUUUUCCAUUAAUUUUGAAACAGAAGUUCUUGACACAAUUGUUCAUAUUAGAAUUAUAAAUUAUAUCCAAACGUGUGGAAUUUUUCAGAUGUCAUUCAUCUUAAAAUGACAUGAAAGUUUUCCUCUGCAUUUUCAAAAUAA